CGCCGGGACCGAGGGGCGCUCAGAGAGGCGGACGGAGGGACGCACCGGCCUCGCCAGCCCGCGGCGCCCGCCAUGGCAGAUCAGGCCUUUGUGACACUGACCACAAACGACGCCUAUGCCAAAGGUGCCCUGGUCCUGGGCUGCUCCCUCAAGCAGCAGGGGACCACCAGGAAGCUGGUCGUGCUGAGCACCCCCCAGGUCUCAGACGCCAUGAGGAAAGCCCUAGAGACGGUCUUCGACGAAGUCCUCACGGUAGAUGUCUUAGACAGUGGUGACUCUGCACACCUGACCUUAAUGAAGCGGCCUGAGCUGGGGGCCACGCUGACGAAGCUGCACUGCUGGUCCCUCACACAGUACUCCAAAUGUGUGUUCAUGGAUGCAGAUACGCUGGUCCUAGCAAAUAUCGACGAUCUCUUCGAGAGAGAAGAAUUGUCAGCAGCACCAGACCCGGGAUGGCCUGACUGCUUCAACUCCGGGGUCUUCGUCUAUCAGCCCUCGGCUGACACCUACAGCCAGCUGCUGCAGCUGGCCGCUGAGCAGGGCAGUUUUGAUGGUGGGGACCAGGGCUUACUCAACACCUUUUUUAGCAGCUGGGCCACAACGGAUAUCAGAAAACACCUGCCUUUCAUUUAUAACAUGAGCAGCAUCUCCAUCUACUCCUACCUCCCGGCGUUUAAAGCGUUUGGCGCCAGUGCCAAGGUUGUGCAUUUCCUGGGACGUGUGAAGCCAUGGAAUUACACUUAUGACCCCCAAACCAAAAGUGUCAAAAGCGUGUCCCACGACACCCCUGUGACUCACCCGGAGUUGCUCGGCCUGUGGUGGGGGCUCUUCACCACCUCCAUCGCCCCUCUGCUACAAACCUUCGGUCUGACCCAUGGCCCGGGCUCAUACCUGAGUGUGGAGCAGGUCUCCGGAGCCGUCUCACACCUGUCCCUCGGGGAGAGCCCCGCCGCACCCCAGCCCUUCGUGUCCUCCGAAGAGCGGAAGGAGAGGUGGGAACAGGGCCAAGCCGAUUACUUGGGAGUGGACUCCUUCGAUAACAUCCAGAGGAAACUUGACACUUACCUCCAGUAGCGGCACCGCCGUUCUCUGUGGACAGCCCGUCUCAGGCACUUGUUUCUGACAAGGCUCAUAGUAUCUAGAGCUGGGUUGCGAGAGGUCUGUUACAGUUGUGGAGGCUUGCACUUACUAGAUUAAGGGUUUUGCACGAAGCAGGUGAGAACUGGGCAGAAGUGGUGAGGAGCUAGGCAGCGCAGCGUCUCCAUCAUCUCACGCUUUGAGGGCGUGCAGCUCUUAGGCUUGCUGUACACAUCGGCUUUCUCUGGUUUAGCUAGUGGUUCGGGAACUCUUGCCAUGCUGACUGUGGUACUGGGUGAAGGAGACGCGGUAUCACACUGUGGCGAUGGCUAGAUUGAACUCUACCGUGUUUCAGAUCCGAGCUCCACGCUCUCCUCUCACAUGGCCCACCUCUCUCUUGCUUACACCUUCACUUCUGGGGACCUGCCUUUUGGAACUGCCUUUAGUGGCACUGCCAAGUGAGUCUUACUUACACAAGACUACCCAUAAACGGUGCGUCAGUAUUCCCUGCACCUCAAGGCAGCAUGUGGAAAAGCUUUUGCUCAGUUCUGUGUAUUUGGAAUAGUAGUGUGUUCUGAUGGCUCCCUGCAGUAGCAUCCUAUAUGAAAAAUAAAGACUUAUCAUGGUA